GCUAAAAUACUUUCGAUGAGACGUGUUUAUACAAAGUCUUCUUGAUUUGGUACUGGCAGCGGAAGAUAUGUCUGAAGGUCUUUUCAAUAUAACGUUUGAAAUAGAAGGCGAUAGUCUUGAUGAAAUAAUUCAUUAUAUUGAGGAUGAAAAUAAACCUGAAUUAUCUUCAACGGAUUCCAUGAUAACAAGAGAUCCCAUCUAUAGGACUUAUGCGAGUGUUUCGAGAGAAAAGACUGGUUUGCCACAUGAUCCAGGUUCAACGAACAUCUCUAUAGAGGAAGAAAACGAAACACUGCUCAACGAUAUACUCGAAUUACUUGACAGUGAAGUUUGUGAAUUUCCGAAAGUCAUUCUGCUUUUCGGAAUAAGCGGUGCAGGGAAGAGUGCACUCAUCAAUACAAUACACAAGGCCUUGACGGGCCAAUAUUUCCCGAUUGCAAAACAUGGGAAGGGCGAAGCACCAUCAAUCACUAUGGCAUUGAAUAGAUACGAAAACUGCGGAAUAUCACUGCAAAGGAUAUUCGACAAAUCAAAAAAGGAGAGAAUGAACGAUACAAUACGAAAGUUGCCACACAUUUUGGACUGUUCAGGGCUUCCAGAUGUAAAUUCAAGGGAAUUAAUAGAACUACUUGAGGUUUUGAUAGGAGGUUAUAUUCCUCCUGGAACGCAAAUACCGUACCUGCAGGAAAUACAGACAAAAAACGGCGAAGGUAGUCUUAAGAUACUUUAUAAAGAACCAAAGCCUGAAUGGAAGGUCACCAAAAUAGUCUUCGUACAAGGCUGUGUAGAUGCCAUUCCUAGAAACCUUAUUGAGUGUUUGAAAAAGACCUUGGGAAUCGUUGAUGAAGAUACGUUUAUCUCGAAAUAUCAAGCUGACAUAUUUGUGUUGGUCACUAAAUGUGAUCUAGUAGAGGAUUCCAAAGAUAUCAAUCUCCGAAGGAAAGUUCAAGAGCAAACAAUUAAUAUGGAAGAACUGGAAAAAGUCGAAGCUGAUCUUGCACGGCAGUUUAAUUUCGAGGGAGUCCCAGAGUUUAAUACGCUUCGCUGGGUAAGCUUGACACAAAAUGUUGGACUUGAUAAUCCUUUAGUAGAAAAUAUUGCACUCCAAUUUCUAAAACAGAUGGUUGUACCAAGCGUGCCACGCGUUCAACACUUCGCAACGGUUAUGGAUAGGAAGAGAAGGAUUCAACUCGGCAUUCUCAGAUUCAGAAAAAAUGUAAGCUGGUGUUGUCAACAAACCAAACUAUUGUUAAUUGUUGCAGCUAUGGUCGCCGUACUUGCUGUUGUUUACUAUUUGCUUGUCCAAACAGCUACACCAGAUUCUUCAACUGCCAAAUCAAAUGUCUCCAGCGGUUGAAAUUUAACAUAUAUCACUUCACCUUGAAAAUGUUUAUUAAUAACAUGGAAAGCAGUGACUUUUAGUUUAUGCAUGUAACAAAAUUAAUUGACAUUCGGCUUAAUGAGGUUGCAAUUAUUGAAAUUUCAUAAUGAUCAAAUUUGGUAUUUUGCAUCAAUAAUAACAUAUGAAUUUAAGGCUAAUUUUGAUGCAAUUAGUUAAUUAUAAACAUGUAUACACAUGAUAUAUAUUGUAACGCGACCAAAUUUAUUUUCCUAUUAAACAAAUAGUACAGGUUAUUUCGCAUUACCCGCAGAUUAUUUUCACAUAAUAUUAUGUAGCAUUUAAUUUCCUUUUCACGAUUGAAAAAAUCUAUAGUAGAUACAAACAAGAUGCGUUUUCCUCGCAUGUCAAAACCUUUAAAAUUCAUCCUAUUGAAUUAUGAAGCAAUAAGAAAAUGAAAUCCAGUUGUUUUUUGUCGCAAGCAGAAUACCGAAUUAUUAUUACAUACCUAAAAUUAUUUUCCAUUGGGUUUCAAUGGACAGCGAUCGUGCAGUAUUUAUCUAUAUCAUGACGUGGAACGCUUCCAUAUCGGACGUGGAAUGUUUUCUUAGCGUUGUAAUGGAAAGAAUCGCGUGACAUCCAUGGCGUCCGUUCGCACGUUGUGACAACAAAUUGACGUCAUUUUUGCGGAAAACAUUUAUGCGCGUCAGUUUGAUUUGUUCGUUACAUUUUCGGAGAAUUUCUUUUCGUAUUUUUCUUGUUUUUCGUUAAAGAACGAUAAUUUAGACAUAAACUAAUUACUUGAUUGUGGGUAUGUAAUAAAAAGGUUAUCAACUUUGUAUGUGGAUAUAUGCACUCGUUCUUUCGCGGAUAAUAUUGCGCUCAUAAAGUCGCGCAAUAUUACCGCUGCAGAACUCGUGCAUAUAUCCACAUACAAUGUAAAUAACCUAUAAUUGUGUAUCAACCAUUGUUUGUUUUAAAUUUACCUAAAAAUCGCAUAAUCGCUAUAUAAUAGUCAUCAGUCCAUGUGAACUCGGAGAUUAGAAAAAAUCAAAUUAAAUCAUAGACUUGCACCAGAUGAGGAAAAGCAAUAUAUUAUAUGGAGUGUCUGUUAUUAGGCGAAGCGUGUUGGAUUCGAAUCGUGUGCAUGUCAAUAAUAUUUAUUUUUGGCUUAAUAAUCAUUAUCGUUACAUGAAAAAUAGAUCGUGUCUGCUUUAUUCGUAUUAAGAAAGCCAGCUUUGAUAAUGUUUACCCAUGAUCUAAGAGAUCCGUAUAUUUCAAGUGGAUAUGAAGGCAAUGCUUUAAUUCUUUAACUGGAAAAUUACAUGAGUCUUCACUUUUGUUAUCAUUUUUCAUCUCUAGAAUAGCAUAUCAUCUUUUUCAGCAAUGUACAAAUGUACAUUAGCAAUGUACAAAUGUUUGAAUAUUAUUCAAUCAAGUUUUUCAAGAUAAAAUAUUAAAUGUAUUUGUCUCAUGUAACUGUAUACUCCAGUUACUAGUAGCAUUUUUUUUCUAUUAGUUGUAUGAAUAUUGACAUUUAAUGGUUAUUCAUUUACAUUGUACCACAUUAACCAUUCAUAAAUGUAUGUUGUUGCUGCGCUGUAUCGAGUAAGUGGAGCAAAAAGUAGUUUUCACAAUUCCGCCGUAAUUUCUAAUGUAUGUUUUAAUAAACAUGAACACUUCAUGAAUUUUUUUCCCGAAUUUAACUGUAUAGCACUGAUAACCUGCCAACUUAUUUUAGGUAGUAAAUAAAUAUGCAAGUUAAUGUCAAGGUGUACAAGUUUUUCUCUAUUUUUCAAAGUAUCAAAAAAUUUCAAAUAGUCGUGCUCAAAGCUAUAAAAUGCUUAUUUUAUUGCCAACAUGAUAAUUAUUUCACCUGUAAAAUCUAUAUAUUAAAGAGUAUUUCAUUUCAAAAGCAAUAUCAAGUAUCAACAUAAUGUAUUUUUAUGCUUACAUUAGAUCUGAUAUAUUGAUUAAAAGGAUUAUGUAACUUAAUCUGUGGCGCUAAUGAUGGCUUUGAUUCAGAUAAUGCAUGUUUAUCGUCCCUGAAUGAUUCUAACUGCCAUGCAAUGAGACGAUGGCAUUCAGUGAUAUAUAACCUAAAAUACCUCUUUUGAAUUGAAAACAUUCAACGAAGCAAAUUAUGACGAUUAAAUAAACAUGCCCUUCAAAAGUCUGAAGUCAAGUAGGAAAUAUCUGCAAAUUUUGUCCAAAUAUGAGAUAUAAGCAAUCUGUUUUUCUGGCUCAUUGACAUGUUUAAAUUCAUAAAGUACUUACAUAAAGCUAUGCUUCAGUUUGCCUAGUACCAAUUCAUGUCGUUUAAGAGGCUAUAUAUUAUUUGGCAUAAUUUAUAUAAUUAUUCUUAAGAAAAAAGUAGUUUUUUUUCACAUUUGCCUUAACUGUACAAGAAAAGAUUUUCACCACAAUAUGAUUUAGUACCAGAAAAGUAUUUAUUUUGAUUUAGCUUCGUACAGAUAUGUUAAUGUAAUGUUUGACAUGUUUAAAUUCAUAAAGUACUUACAUAAAGCUAUGCUUCAGUUUGCAUAGUACCAAUUCAUGUCGUUUAAGAGGCUAUAUAUUAUUUGGCAUAAUUUAUAUAAUUAUUCUUAAGAAAAAAGUAGUUUUUUUUCACAUUUGCCUUAACUGUACAAGAAAAGAUUUUCACCACAAUAUGCUUUAGUACCAGAAAAGUAUUUAUUUUGAUUUAGCUUCGUACAGAUUUGUUAAUGUAAUGUACUUUCCUGCUAAACAAAUAAACAAGAUUAGAUGAUGGCGUAUAUGUACGAUUUUUACCAAGUCUAGUGAAUGACUAUAGUAAACAGUUCAUUAGAUUUGUCGAUCAGUCGACCAAACGGAUUUAUUUAGCUCAUGUGGAACCAUUUAAAGAUCUGUGCAAGGAUGUUUCUGACAAAGUAUGGCGAAUAUCCAUCGAUUAUUUCAUGUGAACAAUUUGUUAAAAGUUAUUUUUGGUUUGCUCUAACAACUCGUACAUAAAAUUGUUGUUCUUCAAAUUGCAUUCAUGAUUACCAAAUUUUUAAGUGAUAUAUAAAAGCGUUUGUAAAAAUGAGAAAUAAAAUAUAUCGUUCGUGA